AUGAAAGGAACUCAACGCAUUUCGUCUCAAAAAAGUGCAGAAACUGGAACAUAUCUGUUCAGCAUGAACAACUCGAUAAUGUUAUUCACGGGUACUAGGCAGUCGUGGAUCUGGCUGGAAUCAUCCCACCGGCGCGAGCUCUCCGGUAUCGACUGGUCUAAUAAUAUCAACAGGUUUAAUUUUGGUAAUAAUGACGUAUUAGACCAUUUCGGUUACAAAUAUCUUGAUUAUACUCGUAGCGAUUUUACUAAGAGAACCUUUUUACCACAUGCUGAAAGGAGAAAAGCUGUAAAUCUUUUUGAAAGACCAUCUAUUAAUCCAUUGUUGGCUAUAUACAUAAUGAACAAGAUUGGUUUAAAACUAACGGAAAAUACGUUUAAACAUGAGAAUAUGCAAAAGUUGAUGAAUUCUGGGGAGAAAUUCGAUGCAGUCAUCGUGGGACAAUUCUUAAACGACGCUCUUAAAGCACUUGCCUAUCAUUUUGAGGGACACUUAAUAUUAUUUAGUUCUGUUGGCACAAGUACUUGGGUAAACCAUCUCGUUGGUAAUCCAUCUUUACCAUCAUAUACGCCAGAAAUGCUUAUGAGUUUUCCAGCAAGAAUGACCUAUAUUCAGCGAUUGAAAAACGUCCUAUUCAACACAAUUUACAAUAUAAAUCAAUUGAUUUUGUUUUAUCCACAGCAAAAUCAACUCUUAAAGAAGUACAUUUCAGACGAUAUCGAUUUACACGAUGCUUUAUUCAAUGUUUCUUUGGUACUGUUAAAUAGUCACGAAAGUGUUUCAUUUCCAUCAUCUUCCGUACCAUGCAUGAAGCUUAUAGGAGGUUUUCACGUUAAACCGCCUAAAAAGCUUCCUACAGAUUUACAAGAAUUUUUAGAUAAUUCUACGCAAGGGGUUGUUUAUUUCAGCAUGGGUUCUAAUGUUAAUAGUAAAGAUAUGCCUAAAAAUUUGAAAUCCAGUAUCUUGAAAGCUUUUUCAAAUUUAAAAGAAAAUGUUUUGUGGAAGUAUGAGGACCAAACGUUAACCGAUUUGCCAAAAAAUGUGAAAAUAGGAAAAUGGUUUCCACAACAAGACAUAUUGGCACAUCCCAAUGUCAAAUUAUUUAUUACACACUCGGGAUACGCUAGCACCAUUGAAACCGUAUAUCAUGGCGUACCAAUCGUAGCCAUCCCCAUAUUUGGAGACCAAGCCAUGAACGCUGUGCAUGCAGAGACUAAAGGUUUCGGAAUAUAUUUGCCCUGGCAUAAAAUUACAGAACAAAGCUUUAUUACAACUAUACGUGAAGUGAUUGAUAAUCCUAAAUUUAAAGAAGUAGCCAUGAAAAAAUCGGUACUAAUGAGAGACAGAGAGACUGCACCUUUAGAUAGCGCCAUCUACUGGAUAGAGUAUAUUUUAAGACAUGAUGGAGCUCGUCAUUUACGAGUAUCUUCGUUAGAACUAUCUUGGUAUCAGUAUUAUAUGUUAGAUAUUUAUGCGCCAUUGGCAGUUUUUAUUUACGUCCUCUAUUUUGUAGUGAAAAAAUUCUUAAUGUUACUAUUUUUUAGGGUAAAACAAAAAGUAAAAAUUUUAUAACAUAUCGUGCAAAAAUGCUAUUUAUUAUAUAAUUGUUAUACAGGCAAACUGUAAAUAUGUAUUUUUUGUAUUAAAAAUUGUGAUGUUGAUAAGUAUGUUCAUUUAGUAAACCAUUCACGGAAUUUUUUUUAACAAUAUCUUACCA